GCUAGCACCAAUGGUGAGGAUGACCUUUGCGGUUUAAUUUGUGGACAUAUCCGCGGUCAGGGAGCCAGUCGCUCGAGAGAGGGUUCGCACAACCCGGUUCUGCUCCAUGAGUCAAAUACUGGCUGGAGUGCUGGAGAAGUCCUUUAGCAUGAAUGACCCAGACGCCUGCACGGAGCACGGAGAGAAGCUCACCCUCUUCUGUGUGGACGACCUGGAGCCCAUAUGUGGUGUCUGCGCGAAGGCUGGUGGCCACAAGGGUCACAAACUUUACCCCAUUGGAGAAGGAGCUCUAGACUGUAAGGCGGAGCUGAAUAGCGCACUGCUGCCUUUAAAGGAGAAUAUGCUGUUGUACAAGAAAGCCAAAAGUGUCUAUGAAGAUAUGACUGAUCAUUUAAAGAAUCAAGCUCAGCACACAGAAGCACAGAUUAAAGAGGAGUUUGAGAGCCUCCACCGUUUCCUGAGAGAUCAGGAGGAGGCCCGUCUGUCGGCUCUGAAGGCCGAGCAGGAGCAGAAGAGUGCGCUGAUCAACCAGAAGAUGGAAGAGAUGAGCAACGAAAUGGCUUCUCUUGCCAACACCAUCAAAUUAAUAGAACAGGAGAUGAAGGCUCACGAGAUUCCUUUUCUAAAGAAUUACAAAGAAACUAUUAAAAGAGCUUGGAAAAGUUCCAUUGGCCCACGUGUAGCAACUGGAGGUCUUAUUGAUGUUGCCAAGCACUUAGGCUCCCUGAAGUACAAAGUCUGGGAGAAGAUGAAGAGAAUUGUCAGAUAUAGUCCUGUGAUUUUGGAUCCAAACACAUCAGCCAGCUGCUUCGUCCUGUCGGAGGACCUGACAGUGGUGCAGAACAGCAGUCAGAUUUUCAAACUGCCCGACAACCCGGAGCGGUUCGACAUCAGCGCCGAGCUGCUGGGGGCCGAAGGCUUCACCACCGGCCGCCACACUUGGGAGGUGGAGGUGAAGGACAACACCUACUGGGUGGUGGGAAUAGCCAGCGAAUCCAUUAACAGGAAGGGCAAACAUGUGCUGACACCGUCCGAGGGAUUCUGGACGAUACGCUUUCGGAAUGGCGAGCACAAGGCCUGCACCGCGCCGUGGGAGCCGCUGAAUAUGAGCAAGAAGCCAGAGGUGAUCCGGAUUGUUCUGGAUAUGGACCGAGGGAAGCUGGCCUUCUAUGACCCUGGAGAGAGAGUGCCUCUCUACACUUUCACUGAUAUCAUUGCACCGAAGGCCUUUCCUUAUUUCUGCACCGCCUGCAAAGAACACUCACUCAAACUCCUCCCAGCAAGAAUAACACUUUCAACUGAGUGAAGAAAUAUACAGUCAAAAAUAAAAUAGACAGAUGCUUGUAAAUUAUUGACGUAUUUAUUGUCUUGAAUGCUGGCUAAUGCCAGAGUCUAUCCACGAUGUUUAAAGUGCUACAGGCAGGCAUCAAACUAGGUCACAUUCAGUUAUGUUUACUUGAUGUUAACAGCUAUUGACUCAAAUACACAUUCAUUGUUGAUUCAGGGUAAUAAAUGUUCCCUAUAUAAAGUACAGUUUAAUCAUCUAAACAUUGCGUAA